AUGUGCGCUGACGGAGAUGCGAGACAUGUCCCAGGUAAUCUUCAGCUGCCCAUAGGUAUUGAUGGUAUUUCCUCUUUAUGCUUCGUUCCAUCUAUUAACAAGAAAGUCCUUGUCGUCGGAACCACUGGUGGCCGUAUAAGACUUCUUGAUUGUUCAACCAGCAAUACCGAAACAUUAUACCAAAAACGUUGGCAUAAAAAUAUAAGAUGCAUAUCAGUUAGCCCAUUCUCUUCGUCAACAUGUAUUACAGCUUCCAAACAGGCCUGUAUUAAAGUCCACGACUUGGAAACUAAACAACGAAUUUGUCACUUCACCCCAGCAGAAGAUUCUUCUCCUUAUUCCUCUCUUAUUACAGUCGCUGAUCACCGUUUUAUAACUGGAGAUGAUAACGGCUUAAUUAAGAUGUGGGAUGAUCGGGAGAAAGGUGGUAAUUGUUUUACAAUCAAACCAAAUACGGAAGAAAUGGACAAUGAUCUACUUGGAAUUAAUGAUUUGGCUGUUGGGGGAGAUCAUCAGGGAACUCUGCUCGCAGCAGUGGAUUCAGGUUGUCUGGUUACCUAUAAUAUUCGUCGAAGACGACUUGAGCUGGUCUCUGAACCCCUUGGAUUUAGUGCUAGAUCAGUUUGCAUCGUCAAAGAUGGGAAGAAGGUUCUCCUGGGCACCGAUGAAGGUUUGGUAAUGACCUACAAUUGGGGCGAAUUCGGCAGCAACUGUGAUCGUUUUCCGGUUCGCACCAGUCGAACUCGCGUCGAUCAUCGAUCGGGCAUCAAAUUCUUUGACGAUGCUGGUUGUCCUUCAGUAGAAAAGAUUGUUAAAUUUUCAGAGGAUACUGUCGUUAUUGCAACGGAUGAUGGUGCUAUCAGCCCUGUUCAUAUUCUCCCUAACCAAAUGCUCAACUGUAUUGGAUGGCAUACGGCUGAAGGCGUCUCUGGAAUAGACGCAAGCGGUGGCGAUUGUAUGACUUUGGCGCUGUCUCCAGGACACGACCCUUCGGAAAUUAUUUUGGCUAGUGGUCUCCCACUCGCAUCCAGUCUCAAGUUCUGGUCUCUCUCACAUCUUGCCGAAGAAGCUCAAUCCCAUUUAGAAGAACCGACGGGAAAAUCUGCCAGUGGACGCAGUGCAAAGGCAAAAGUCAUUUCAAUUGGUGCUGAAAAGGAGAGGAGGUCAUUUCUCUCGGGACUGAUGGAAGUUAACGAUGAUGGUGAUGAUGAUCAGAAUGGCAACGAAAAUGCUAGCAGUAGUGAUGCUGACAGUAGUUGUUCUUAA